UAAGUCGCUUAGGCAACAUAGUUUUUUAUUAGCGUUGCUGAACUCGUUUAUUUUUUAAAUCGAAAAAUAAAUUGACACAAAAAGUUUUUUUGUACAAAAAAUGAACUGAAGAAAAAGAGUUAUAAGCUCUAGACUUAAUGCUAAAGCAUGUCACUAAUGAGGAGUGAAUUUUCCAAUAUUUUUCACCAUGUAAAUAGUGAAAAAAGUGGAUUUAGUGAUUAGUUUUACGUUAAUAUAUUAUAUAAAUAUACUAUUAAAUAUAUAUUCAUAUAUAUAUAUUUUAUAUACACAUAUAUGCAACCCAUCUGCAUCCUUUUACCCCGAAGGCCUCGUCUCUAAGUAACAGUACUUCCUCAACCGUGCUUGGCUGGAAUAAGCCACUCUCCUCCGAACGAACGGGACCCACUCGGUGUAAGUCUAUCGUACUGUCCGCUCCUACGCCCCGUCUGUCCUGGUUCUUUUUUCCCUUGCGUGUGUGGUGCCCGCAAUCGUCUCUUACACACCUCAUCUUUCUCUCUGUCUCCGUAGAGUAGUCUGGCUGGUAGUAGACUGUUUCGUUGCUCAUGCUGUUGAUUCAGCUUUGGGUAAAAACCUCAUUUUGAAAUCGCUUUGAGGUAAGAGGAAGUCAAGAAUAAAAAAGUUAAAAAAUCAGACUUUAUUAUAUUAAUCUUAUCAACAUUUAAUCAAUUAACAAAGCGAAAAUUUAAGACAUUAUUCUUGUAAUUAAGAUAUUAUUUUUAAAAUUUUUAUUUCAACUUUUUACUCAAUUCUUGUAUGUGUUUUAAGUGUAUAUAUGUGGUAAAAACUCAGCCUGACGUGCAAAUAGGCUCGUGCAGACAAACCCCAUUUUGCACCUGCCUGUAAGAAGUCAAGUAGAGAGUUUCAAUAUAAAGGAUCAACGGACAAAAUAAAUAAGAUGAUUCUAUACGCACGUGUCUUUAACAAUAGAGUGUGUAGGCAAGGGGUUCUUUAAAUCAUAAAAAAAGACUGCAAAAAGUUCAGUUAAGUAAAUAGCACAAAGAUACGCUACUGAAGUGGCUUAGUAUACAUGUGACAGUCAUUAUACUCAUUAAAUGUUUGUACGAAUUAUUUAUUUUUAUUCAAUAAGUUCAAGUUGAUGAAAUAUGGAUAUUCCCACUGACAAUGAUGAACUAUCAGCUGAUUAAAAAAUCUAUAAGUGAGAAAGUGUUUUUAUUAUUAGUGCUUGAUUGUAAUAAUUUUCAAGUAAUUGUUCAAGAUUUCUAGUGACUCUAAAGAGGAUUUUAUAUAAAUAUUAUCGAGGAACGUUUACUUAACAAACAUGAAAACUACUCAGCGAACUUUUAGUUUGGACGAAACAUCAAUGGAAAAUGCACCACUGACAAUACUGUCAGAAGGGCACAAUAAAAUGCCUGAAAAAGGACUCGAGACAAACACGGAAAUGGAAAUAACAUCAUUGGAGGAGGCAAAAAGCGUAAUCGCAGCUUUAAAAGCAAAGCAAAGGGCGCAGGCGCACCAGAUGCUAGCUUGGCGAAGAACUUUAAAGCUACAGGAAGACAUGGUUACAAGACUGACAAGAGAAAAAGCUGAACAACUGCGUAGUUUAUCAUCUCAGCUUCUUCUUUUUGAGUCUAGAUUGUGCAGAAAGCAAAAAGAAAUUGAAGCAAGCCUUGCUCAAAGAGAAGCUAUUAUCCUGAGGCAGCAGAGGGUGAUAAGACAGCUUCAGUGCCGCCUAGCAGAGAGAAGCUCAGGGACAAGAGAUUCACCACCCUGUGAUGCUUUAGAUAGGCUUGACAGUCUUGGCGAUAGCGACAGUGCUGUUGUUCUCGAAGAGACUUCUGAUGACCCAGCUCCUCCAAGAUUUCGAUCCAAUAUAACUGACGUGACUGUGAUCCGCUCGGUGUCUGACGCCGUAGAACCUUCAAAUAAAUAUUCCUCUAUGAGAAGAACGAAUGGGUAUUUGAGACGUCCUGAAAUAUUGGAGACAGUUUAUUCGGUCGAGGAGGAUAGUGAGAACCAAGAGCUGUCUGAAUCAACGGAAAUAAAUUCGGAAAGUCAAGAGAAAAAAACAAAAAUGCUUAAAUCGAGCAAGGGAAAACUACAUGAUAUCUAUGGCAGUUUUGAAAGGCUUACCCAAGAAGAUUCUCCGCCUAGUGAAAGGCCUCGUGAUGAAACCGGUCAACAAGCUCAAGUGACAUAUAAUAGAGUUAUGAGUAAUCAUAGAUCAGUUACGAAACCGAAAGAUGUGAAGUAUAAACGAAUAAACAAGGCCAAAUCUAAAAGCUUGGAAGAACUGCGAGGAAGACUUCGUAAUUGGGUAGAAAAAGGGAACAAAAUAGCUCUUAGUCUUGAUCAAUCGUACGCUUAGAAGUUGAGAUGAAGGCUAGACUGACUUCUACUUCAUUCAUUGGAGAACUUUCAAUAUUACAAUCUUCAUGUUCUGAAGAAGAUAGAUAAGCAUUGUUGUAUCAUCAGAUAGGUUUAAGGUGAAAUGUUCAUUUCAGAUAUACAACAAUACUUUAUUUAUUCUUUUUUUUCGAAGAUGAAGAAAACUAUUUUUAUGAAGUAGAAAAGUUUUCUCUCCUCAUGGGCCUACUGUUCUGUGCCAAAUUGAGCCACUUAUAAUUGGAAAAAUCCCUUUUGUCAAUUACAAAAGUUUAUAUCCACGUGAAAAUAGAUAACUGUGUAUCAAUUAGCCAGUCAAUUUUUUAAGGCUUAUCUCUGUGAAAAUUUAUAAAUUCGAUAACAAUUCUAGACGAUUGAUUUAUUUAAUAAGUAUCAAAGAUAUGAAUUCAAAAUUUAUUUUCUCUUAAAAAAGAGAUUUAAAAAACAAUCAAAGAUAUUCAAUAUGCUUAAUCUAAUUAAAUAUAAGAUUCAAUAUUUGUAACAAACUGUUUUAAUAAUGUCUGCAAAAUUCCACAAAUACUUCAUCUAUUAAUGGAAGAUGUACACUACAUAUACUACUUAAUGUAUUUUUUCUAUCAAAACAUAUAGAUAGAACUUGUUUUAAAAUAUUUACAAAAAAGUGAAAAUAUAAAAAAUACUAUCAAGAGCUUUUUAAAUAAUUAAAGAAAGUUUUAAAUACACAUGUAUAAGAGUACAGACUGAUGAAUCGUAAUUGACCUAAAAAUACAAACAUGUAAGUCGUUUAAAAAUUGGGGGCACCAUUAAUGAGAAAGUUAAACACAAAAAAAAUUAAAUUUUUUAAUGUAAAUAAGUAUUGAAAAUAAAGUGAACAAAUAAUUUAUUUAAAACUUUAAAUAAUUGUAUAAAUGAUCAUUGAAAAAGUGUAAUUCAUCAAGUACAUAAAUUCAUAUAAUGACUUUUAUGUUUUUUGAGGCCAAUUUCUUCGGCCGGUUCGAUAGAUCUCUUGCCUACAUAUAAAUAUACAGUAAGUGUAUUCAUAAAUCAUUACAUAUUUUUAAUAUUAUGUAAAUAGAUCAAUUGAAUCAUCAGUAAAAAAAAUACAAUUAUGUAACAAAAAGUAUACGCCAAGUAUAGUAACGGCAUCAAUUUGUAUACUUAACGUAUACACAAAAUAUGUAAUCAAUUACAAUCAUUAAUAAAAUGAAUAUUAUUCUAUGAUUGAAAAAAAUUACGAAGAUUAAGUUUAUGAAAAUAUUAUAUAAUCCAUUGCUUUUUAGCAACCAUUUAGACUGCUAUUAAUAUCGACCAAAUAUCAUAUUUUAA